AGCCGAAAGAGAUCAAAGACAAAUUGCAAACGAGGCUCUCCUUUCUACCGGAGGACAGGACUGAAAAGGCUAGAUCCACCGGUCCACGCCGGAGCGACCGAAAUGCGGACCAUACCGUCGGCAAGUACAAGGAAAUCGAGGGAGACGAUGUACCCGAACAGUCCAAUGUCAAGCCUCUGUCCACUGCCGAGAAGAGUGCUCCGCUCUUUGAUUAUCCCCCUGACGGACGUGCCGUCCUCCAGAUCACCCGCGGGGAGCGCUAUCGUGUCGAGAACCAGGAUUUUCUCAACGACAUUCUUGUCGAGUUCGGGCUUCGUCUCGCGUUGUCAAAGCUGCCGCCGGAAGUUCAAGCUAAAGGGCGGGCCAAAAGCAGAUCCAGACAGUGAGACUCUGCCUCCUUGGCCUGGAUACGAUGCGGUCAAAAAGUGGACGAAGAAAGCGAAUAUAUUUGACAAAGACUUCUUGAUCGUGCCCAUCAACGAGGACUAUCAUUGGUAUCUGGCAGUCAUCUACAGACCGCGGGGUUUUCUUCAACAGGCAAAAUCAGUCGAGACACUUGAGAAAGACGAGCCUGAUGAAAAGGGGUCAACCGAUGAACGCGGGAAAUCCGAACCCGUCGACCCGGACGACUCUAUCGAUCCCAUCGAUUCUCUGCAUGGCCCCAUGGACAUCGACGAAGCCUCCAAUGAGAUCCAAAGCUUGACGCUUUCGGCUCAAGGGAGCCCUGAGAAGCCCACGAACGAUGAUGUCGAGAUGGACGAUCAGGCCAAGUCGAGUGACGAGAAGCCAAACUGGCCCAUUCUCGACGGCGACGACUGCUGGAUCUUCACCUUCGAUUCACUCGGCGGUUCACACAAAGCCGUGCUCAGUCAUUUAAAUCGAUACCUCCUGUAUGAGGCUCAUGACAAAGGUCGCCUGACCGGUUUGUCUCUCAAUGCGGGCAGAUAUGUCGAGGCCAAGGUUCCUGGUCAACCGAACUUUUCAGAUUGCGGAUUGUUCCUCGUUCAUUAUGCCUCCCAACUGCUCAAGCACACAGAAGAGACGCUUCGCUUUCUUCAACGACCGCCUCCCCGGUACAAGGCGCCCAAUCGGCUUGCCUGGGAGCAGGAUAUGAAGACCGUGUGGCGAGAAGACGAGACCAAGGCGAUGCGACAGGCUUGGCUUCAAGACAUUGAUGAUAUCACUGGAAUAUGGAACUCCAUUCAGGGAAUCAAGCCAGAAGAACCCAUCGCCACUGCUCCCGCUCAAAUGGUUCCUGAAAUUCCGCCGCCGUCGCUACCACCACAGCUAUCACAACAGAGGACCGUCUCCACACGCCGUCGAACAGAAAGUCCGAUCAAGCAGAGAGACCCUGUCACGGAAACGCGACAUCUUUCCGUUCCGCUCAAUUCAGAUCCUGCCAAUUCCAAUCUGGCUCCAGAGCUGUUCAAUCUAUCUCGAAGUCGGCAAGCAACAUCACCUCCGUCCCGGUCCCGAUCUCGCUCGCAUUCACGUACUAUGUCCGCUGCCAUUGAUCCUGAACUUUACGAGUCAGAGGUUCCCGAACCGGUCGAAGACAGAGUAGAGGAUGCGGCUGAAUCUCGGGCUCGCUCGACAAGUAUGUCUGACUAUGACGAGGAGGACAACUUUGUCGGAUCGCCGCUCGAUAAUCUUGGAGGACAACGCAGCACGCCUUCUAAUGGGAUCUAUCACUCGUCUCCGCAUCGGUCGAACCGCGUCGCAGGAUCUCGCUUGGGCCAGUCCCGGAUCCCUUCUUAUGACGACCGAGCUGAACGCAGUGUAUCCACAGAAGAAGAGCAGGAGCCCGUAGAGCCGAGAGACGGAGACCUGGUGGACAGCACGGAGAUCACCCCACGACCUGCUAUGCGGGCGAGCAGCUUGGACCCGUCACGGCGUACCGGGAUCCCCUUGAUCACCUACUCAAGUAGAUCCAAACGCCCCGCCGAGCCUUCCCCUGUGAAUCAACGAAAGCAUCCUCGACUAUCCGAGCCUCCAUCAGAUAUCGAUCCUGACAUCAUGCGGGCAGACGAGGAUGUGCAACAUCAUCUUCCUGUACCGCCAGCGAAACCCGGACAUUCCAGGAGCGCAUCAGAUCAAGCCCCUUUGGCGCCCGACCCCGCCACAGGCAAAAGUGUAGAAGCAGCCAUUCUUGUAGACAGUAGUGAUGAAGAGUGAUAGAAUGCUGUAGCAAAGAUGUUGUACCAUAAUGCAUCAUGAACUCUGUACGUCUGGUCCUCGACCUGACAUGCCACUAUCCGCCAAGUUCCACCAUUCUUUGCCUGUGUUGUCUGGUGGAUGGAAGAAUGGACAACGAGAUUUGAAUGCUGAUUGUCAGCUUUCGU